AGUUUCCAGCAGACCCGGAAGCGGGUCGCGCGGAGGAAUGUGCGUUCUCUGAUGCUGAAGGAUGGGCUGGAUUAGUGUAGAACUUUGUUCCAGCAGACUCCAUCUGUUCAGGAGGAAGAGAUUGCUCAGAGCUCAUUUCCAGAAUAAUCUAAGCUGAGAAUCCCAGAGGAAGAGGAAGGAAAGAAGGAAUGGCUCUUUCCAAGGGACAGUUGACAUUCAGGGACGUGGCCAUCGAAUUCUCUCAGGAGGAGUGGGAAAGCCUGGACCCCGCUCAGAGGGCCUUGUACAGGGACGUGAUGCUGGAGAACUACAGGAACCUGCUCUCCCUGGGAAGCAUUUCUGCUGAAUUUGCAAUAAAUAAAUUAUCACCAAGAGAGGACAUUGAUAAAGGAGAAUUAUACCAUCAAGUGAUAUUGGAAAGAAAUGAAAGGCAUAGCGUCAAGGAUUUUGACCUCAAGGAAGUCUUGGAAAAUAUGCAUGAGCAUGAGAAUGAGUGGGGAUAUGAUGAGAGAAAUUACAAAAGAGUGCCUUUGACUUAUAACAAAAAUCUCACUCGUAGAAUAGAUCAACAACAUAAUAUGUCCUCAAUUAAUUUUCCUCAAAAGCAGAGUGUUUCAAUAAGAAAUAAUACAUACGAAUAUUUCAUGCGUGACAAGCCAUUUGUAAGGAAUUUGUUAAAACUGAAAAAUAACAUGAGCGAUGCUGGAAGCAAGUCUAUAAGGUGUUUGGAAAAUAGACCUAGAUUAAGUUUGCAGGCCCACCUGGCUGAACUGCAGAGAUUUCAAACUGAGGAGACAGUUUAUGAAGGCAGUCAAGUUGGGAAGUCUAUUAACAAUGGUUCCUCAGUUUCACCUCUUCAAAUAAUUCCUUCUAGUGUUAAAAGCAUUUGUAAUAAAUAUAGGAAGGUUUUUAAAUAUCCUGCGUUACCUGCACAAUAUGGGAAAACACACACUAGAAAAAAGUCUUACAAAUGUAAUGAGUGUGGGAAAGCUUUUAGCAAAAGCUCAAACCUCACGAAUCAUGAGAGAAUUCAUUCUGGACAGAGACCUUACAAAUGUAAUGAGUGUGGCAAAGCUUUCAAUCAGUGCUCGAACCUUACUAGACAUCAGAGAGUGCAUACAGGAGAGAAACCAUAUAAAUGUGAUGUAGGCAGCAAGGCCUCUAGUCAAAAUUCAAACCUUGGAAGUCAUCAGAGAACGGUUACUGGAGAGAAACCUUACAAAUGUAAUAUAUGUGGCAAAGUCUGUAGUCAAAAGUCAAACCUUGCAAGUCAUCAGAGAAUUCAUACUGGUGAGAAACCUUACAAAUGUAAUGAAUGCAGCAAAGCCUUUGCUGAGCGUUCAAGCCUUACUCAGCAUAAGAGAAUCCAUACUGGAGAGAAACCUUACAAAUGUAAUGAGUGUGGCAAAGCCUUUGCUGAGCGUUCAAAUCUUAGUCAACAUCAGAAAAUCCAUACUGGAGAGAAACCUUACAAAUGUCACGAGUGUGGCAAAGCUUUUACCCAAUUUGCAAGCCUUACUAAGCAUCAGAAAAUCCAUACUGGAGAGAAACCACACAAAUGUAAUGUGUGUGGCAAGGCUUUCAUUCAAAGUUCAAGCCUUAUGGAACAUCAGAGAAUUCAUACAGGAGAAAAACCUUAUAAAUGUAAUAAAUGUGAUAAGGCUUUUAUCCAACAUUCACACCUUUGGGGUCAUGAGAGAACUCAUACUGGAGAGAAACCUUACAAAUGCAAUGAGUGCGACAAAGCCUUUAUGGAGCGUUCACAUCUCAAUCGACAUCAGAAAAUACAUACUGGAGAGAAACCUUACAAAUGUAAUGAGUGUGGCAGAGCUUUUACCCAAUUUGCAAACCUAACUAGGCAUCAGAAAAUACACACUAGAGAAAAAUCUUACAAAUGUAAUAAGUUCAGGAAGGCUUUUAGGAAAAGCUCAUACCUCUCAAAACAUGAGAGCAUUCAUUCUGCACAGAGACCUUACAAAUGUAAUGAGUGUGGCAAAGCUUUUAAUAAGUGCUUGAACCUUAGUAGACAUCAGAAAAUCCAUACAAGAGAGAAACCAUAUAAUUGUGAUGUGGGUGGCAAAAUCUUUCAUCAGAAUUCAAACCUUGCAAGUCAUCAGAGAAUGGAUACUGGCGAGAAACCUUACAAAUGUAAUGACUGUAGCAAGGCCUUUGCUAAACACUCAAGGCUUACUCAACAUAAAAGAGUCCAUACUGGAGAGAAACCUUACAAAUGUAAUGAAUGCAGCAAAGCCUUUGCUAGAUGUUCAAGCCUUACUCAGCAUAAGAGAAUCCAUACUGGAGAGAAACCUUACAAAUGUAGUGAAUGCAGCAAAGCCUUUGCUGAACACUCAAAGCUUACUCAACAUAAAAGAAUCCAUACUGGAGAAAAACCUUACAAAUGUAAUGAAUGCAAGAAAGCCUUUGCUAGACAUUCAAGCCUUACUCAACAUAAGAGAAUCCAUACUGGAGAGAAACCUUACAAAUGUAAUGAAUGCAGCAAAGCCUUUGCUAGACACUCAAUGCUUGCUCAACAUAAAAGAAUCCAUACUGGAGAAAAACCUUACAAAUGUAAUGAAUGCAGCAAGUCCUUUGCUAAACGCUCAAGGCUUACUCAACAUAAAAGAAUCCAUAAUGGAGAGAAACCUUACAAAUGUAGUGAAUGCAGCAAAGCCUUUGCUAGACAUUCAGGUCUUACUCAACAUAAGAUAAUCCAUACUGAAGAGAAACCUUGCAAAUGUAGUAAGUGUGGCAAGGUAUUUAGUCAAAAGUCAAGCCUUGAAAGUCAUCAGAGAAUUCAUACUGGUGAGAAACCUUACAAAUGUAAUGAGUGUGGCAAAUCUUUUACCCAUUUUGUGUGCCUUAAAAGACAUCAGAAAAUCCAUACUGGAGAGAAACCUUACAAAUGUAAUGAGUGUGGAAAAUCUUUUAACCGAUUUGAAAGCCUUACAAUACAUCAGAAAAUCCAUACUGGAGAGAAACCUUACAAAUGUAAUGAGUGUGGUAAAGCCUUUAUGGAUGUUUCAUACGUUACUCGACAUAAAAAAAUCCAUACUGGAGAGAAACCUUUCAAAUGUAAUGAGUGUGGCAAAACUUUUAUGCAGGGUUCACAUCUUACUCGACAUAAGAAAAUCCAUACUGGAGAGAAACCUUACAAAUGUAAUGAGUGUGGCAAAGUCUGUAAUCAAAAGUCAAACCUUGCAAUUCAUCAGAGAAUUCAUACUGGAGAGAAACCUUACAAAUGUAAUGAAUGUGGCAAAGUGUUUGCUGAGCGUUCAAGACUUACUCAGCAUAAGAGAAUCCAUACUGGAGAGAAACCUUUCAAAUGUACUGAGUGUGGCAAAACUUUUAUGCAGAGUUCACAUCUUACUCGACAUAAGAAAAUCCAUACUGGACAGAAACUUUACAAAUAUAAUGAACCUGGCUAGGUUUGUGGUCAAAAGCAAAACAUUGCAAUUCAUCAGAGAAUUCACACCGGAGAGAAACUUUAUAAUAGUAGUGGAUGCAGCAAAGCCUUUGCUGAGAUUUCAGGCAUUACUCAGCAUAAGAGAAUCCAUACCGGAGAGAGACCAUACAAGUAUGAAUGUGGCAAAUCUUUUACCCACUUUUCAAGCCUUAUGAAACAUCAGAGAAUCCAUACUGGAGAGAAAUCUUACAAAUGUAAUGAGUGUGGCAGACUUUUACCCAAUUUCCAAGUGUGACUAGGUAUCAGAAAAUACAUACUGAAAAGGGACAUUACAAACCUACUAUGUGUGUCAGUCCUUUUAUUCAAAAGCUCAAGCUUUGAGGAAUCUCAGAGGAUCAUAAUAGCAAAAAAGCUUACAAAUAUAAUGAUUGGCACAAAACUUAUGCAAGUGUUCAAGCCUUACUCAACAUCAGACACUCCAUUGUGGAGAGAAACCAUAUAAUAAUAAUGUAUGUGUCGAAGCUGGUAACCAGGGCCCACACCUCACUUGAUCUCAGAAUAUACAUCUUUGAAAGAAACCACAUAAGUGUAAUGUAUGGUAAGGCAUAUCCAAAAUUUAAGCCUUGUGGAACGUAAGAGAAUUCUUACUAGAGAGAAAUCUUAUAAAUGUAAUGAGUGUUACCAGCUUUAUCAAAAACGUACAACUUUGUGGUCAUGAAAGUAUUCAUAUAAGGUGGAAACCAUACAAAUGUGUCAAUGCCUUUAAGCAAUGACCUCAUAAUAUGCCAAAGAAUUCAUACUGGAGGGACAUAUUAUAACACAUUUGAAAUGUAAUGAAGGUAAUAAAUUGUUUAACCAAUUCUCUUAAUGGAAUAAAAUAAAAUUCAUACUAGAGAGAAGUAAGUCCUUUAGUUUUGAAGAUUCAGAAACCUCAGAUGUUAAAUUCCACAGAGAUUAAAAGUUAAAAUUCUUUCUAACUCAAGAUGAUGUGUGUCAAUGAAAUCUGUGGAAAGGUCUAUCUUCAGUUUAUAAAAUAUUUUUGUUCAGUUAUUUGAGGUUUCAUGAAAAGGCUACAUUAUUAUUGAUGACUUACAACCUGAAGUUUGAAACCUGUUGAUGUUAUACCUUCAUUAUUUGCUUUUCAUUUGUCAUCCUAUCAUAAUGGUCUCAGGGAAGGGAUUGGUACGAUGAAAGGACUUGCUUCAUUAGGUGGAGUUUAUUCAUAUCCAUGAAACCUGGAAAAACUAGGACGCUAAUUUUAAAGUACAGUGUGGUAUAAAUUUGAGAGCACAGGGAGUGGCAGAGAAUAGAUGUAAAAUAUUUAAAUUAUCAUGCUGUCUGUGGUCACAGCCCCUUGUGUAGAUUUGUUGUUAGGACUAUGGGCCUUUGACAAUUGUUAUAGGAAAGGAUCGCUCUACCAGAUGAUCAUGAAAAAGAGUAGGCCAGAACGUUAGAGAAUGACAUUUUCAUGUGAAUAGAAUGAUGGUUACUGGGGAUGGCAUAUGUGGUACAAAAAAUGGAGGGGGAAUGAUGGUAUCCCUCUCUGUUGAGAGGUAAUAGGUGUUGUAUAUCAUAGAUUAGGGAAAUUAGUCUUAUUUUUGGAAACUGAAGAGACAGGAUUAUAGAGGACAGUUUGAUCAAAAGAACCAGAGUAGAGUGUGCUUCUGAAAGAUGCAAUUUGGCCACUGAAAUUGUAUUUUUAUACCCCUUUAUUUAGCAUAUAUUAUACUUCUCAUGUCUAAAUAAGUAAAGUGUAAAUGUUUUUUGGUAACCCUGAAUGAAUCAUGUGCCUUCCCUUAACCCGAGCAUAUCCCACCUCAUUGGGGUGCUUCAUAAGGAACACUAAUGAUAGAUACAUCAUUAUCCUUUCUAGGUUGAAUGGUGUCUAUAACUCUUUCUUUCCCUGUUGGAUUAAAACAGUUUACAGCUUUGGAAAUAUAUAUUCAUAAUUUGCCUAUGAGGUGUGCACUCCAUCAUGUCUCCCAGACUAUUUCUGUGACUAUAGUGAAAAUAUCAUAGCAGUGCAAUUUCAGACUCUCCUGCCCCUAAGACCUGCCUCCCCAGUCAUAAAUAUACACCAUAUGUUUAUAAUUUUAAUGCCAUUUUUUUGUGCUGAAAUAAGAUCCAUGGCUUGCACCAUUACAUAAUAGAAACAAAGAAAUACAGCUAGCAUAUGAAAAAUAGGAAAUCAAAGAAAAUUUCAGAAAUAAAGAUAAAAAUAAUACUAUUUUUUGUACUUGGAGCACUCGGAAUUAAUUUCAAAAGAUUAAUGUUCAUGAAUUUCUUAAGAAUGAAUGUAUAAUGGGGAUUGUUUUUUGAUAGAUAAACUAGAAAUUUCAUAUACAGGCAAA